AUGUUCCCCGUCACGGCGUCCCUCUUCCUCCUCUUUUUUCGCACUAGCCGUGUCGUGGAUAGACCCACAUCGGUAUGCUUACACGCGACCCAUCCAGUAUCCGAUAGUCUCGUCACAUCCACCACCACCACUACCGCUCCCACCAACGGAAACCGCUCGCGUCCGUCACCAAACGCACCGGACACGAUCGCUCGAACGAUUGCGCGAUUGGGACGACAAGGCAAGACGGACGCCGCGCUCGAUCUCUGGGCAUCGGUGGAUCGUGCGCACGCCACCAUUCGUCAACUCAACGCGGCCGUGGAUGCCUGUGCCCGGGCCCGACCCGCACGGGUGACGCACGCGCUCGGACUCGUAGAAACGGCACGCACGUUAGCGGGACCGGUGCCGAACGUUUACACCUUUGGUGCCUUGAUGAGUGUCUUGGCAAGGGCCGGAAAAGCCGAGCAAGCCGUCGCUUGGUUGGAUACCAUGCAAGAUAAGUACGGCGUGACACCCAAUCAAGUGGUUUAUCACGCCGCCAUUAGUGCCUGUAGCAAAGCCGAUCCACCCCGGGUUGAUAUGGCCAUGGAUUUGUUGGAACGGGCCACCCGAACGGAAGGAUUGACCCUCACCGUGGUGGGCUACAACGCCGCAGUUUCGGCCGCCGCUCGCGCCGGAGACGCCGAUGUCGCUAUCCGUUUGCUCCAGCGCAUGGAGACGGAACCGGCUUUGCCCAAGCCGGACGCGGUCACCUACGGGACCGUCCUCAGUGCCUGCGCCAAGACUUUUCGCUGGAACGAACUACUCCACUACGCCGCGCGGAUGCAGGAACGGGGCUUUGGUCUCGAUACAUUGGCCGCCACGUCUAUGCUACACGCGUGUCAGGAGCUCGGAUUGGCCGCCCAAGCCUUGCACGUCCUGGAACUGUGUAAACUAGACGUUACCUACCAACGGCGAACGGCGGGAUGGUUGGUUGCCGGACGCAAGCAACCCUUGCACGGACCCGACGCGGUGGUUUACCGCUUGGUCAUUACAGCAUGUGCACGAGGUGGGGCUUGGCAAGACGCACUACGGGUUUUGCGAGAGUACAUCGAAGUGCAACCGGAGAGAGCCACGUCCGAGGACGACGUGGCCGUGUACACGGCCGCCAUGGGGGCUUUGGCGCACGCCGGGGAAUGGAAGCAAGCGUUCUUUCUGUUGGAACAAAUGAGGAAGCGAGCUAUUGUCCCCAACGAGUCCACCUUUGUGGCUUUGUUGGCGGCCUGCGCCACGGCAAUGAUCCUACGGUCGUGAAGCCCAAUAUACAAGUAUACAAUGCCGCCAUUCGCGUAUGUGCCGAAGCAAUGGACGUGGACCGAGCCUUUCGCAUUGUGGAAAUGCUACGCGACGAAAUGGAUUCGCCGCCUACAGAGCCGGUGGAGGAGGAGGGAAAUGAGGGGGAAGCUCUGCGACCCAACGUGGUGACGUACGGAACUCUCAUGACGGCGUGUGAACGCGUGGGCAACGUGCAAGCCGCCUCUCGCGUUUUCCAGCUACUCAAGGAGGAUCACGUGCCCGCCAACGAAAUAAUUUACGGUGCCGCGAUUUCUUGCGUCCGCAAAGCCGGGGAAUCCGAGCGCGCUUUUUUGUUGUUGCGGAAAAUGAUCCGAGACGGACUGCAGCCAAACGUGGCGACUUUCAAUACCGUCUUGACGGCCCAGACAGAAGCGAAACCGAAUCAGUGCGCUCCAGCCAUGGACAGGGCCCUGCAAGUAUACCGAAUGAUGCGGCAGUCGGCGUCGAGUAGCGGCUACGACACGGCACCGACCCGUCAAACGUACAAUAUUUUGAUUCGGGCCCUGGCGCAAGCCCAACAACCCCACCAAGCCGAUUCGUUGCUGCGACAAAUGCGAGUGGAAGGAUUGGUCCCGGACGUGGAUUUGUUCACCACCACGGUCACGGCGUACGAAAAGGCCGGUCAGCCCUUGCGUGCACUGAGACUCAUGGAGUCUAUGAGGGAAGAAGGGUACGAUUUCUACGAUGUACCCGUUUUGAACACGGCUUUUAAAAAGGCGAUCAAGCUAGUGAAUACGGUAGGGAGAGGCCUACAGCAGCAGUAUGCUCCCAACGACGCAACAAAAGGACGGCAAUGGUCUGAUGCCGACGAGUUGUUUUUGGACGGUCCCUUGUCGCUUGCCAACAGCACCACGCAACCGGAUGCCUUUUUCGGUAACGUGACAAUUGCAUAGCAGUAGUGAAACAGAGUUGCCUGGGUCGUCGCUUUGAUGAAUCAUUCACGGGCUAGUGCAAGGUUAUGGAGCCACUUGACAGAUAGCCAAUGUAAAACGAU